UCUCACAACCAAAGCAAACAUAGCCUUAUUAACGUGACGAGAGAGAGACUCAGGGAGACACGACUGACUGUCUACUCUCAGGGAGAGGAGGAAGCAGGGGACACUUGACUUCCCAACACCCUGAUCCAGAACACCUGGAGGGAGAAAAUCCGUCCCUCUGCAUACACUGAGGAACACACAACAACAACUAUACAAGCCUGAGAAGAAGAAGAGAGACCAGCACCAAGGUCUUUCUCUUUCCCUUUCUCUCUUUCUACCUCUCUCUCUCCUGCUGUGGAGCUCAUCUCUCCAGUCCCUCAAGGUGCUCUGCUGACCGGGUUUGACUGAUCUGCUGUCAUCAUGUCAGAUGGAGAGGAGUGUCUCUCUCCCAUCGGUCUGGACUGCUGCUCCUGCUGCCUGGACCUGGCCAACUCUGACGACCCAGCUAGAGGUGGGGGCCAAGGCAGAGGCCAAAGCACCCCUCUGAUGGGCAGCCCCACGUCGCUCAGCCACUUCCGCCAGUUCCGUGAGCAGCUGACGUUCCAGAACCAGAACGUGAACACAGACAAGCUGAACAGCAUGAUGAGGCUGGACUCUCUGGAGUCUGUGGUCAGAGACCCCUGUUACCUGCUCAACGAGGGCAUCUGCAACAGCAACAUCGACCAGACCACGCUGUCCAUCCUGCUGUUCUUCCACAGUGCCUCGGGUGCUAGCGUUGUUGCCAUUGACAACAAGAUAGAACAGGCAAUGGAUCUGGUGAAGAACCACCUGAUGUAUGCAGUCAGGGAGGAAGUAGAGAUCCUCAAGGAGCAGAUCAGAGAGCUGGCUGAGAAGAACAACCAGCUAGAACGUGAGAACAGCCUUCUGAAGAACCUGGCCAGUCCAGAACAGAUGGAGAGCUUCCGCGAACGGGUUCCGUCCGACUCAGAUGCUCUGGUCCCCCUGCGGCUGGACAACCAGUACCAGCAGCAGGCCCAGCAGCAGGCCCAGGUGGGACUCCAUAACCCUGACCAGUCCUGCCACAUCAGCGCUGGCUCUGCUGUAUAGGUGGCUCUGCCUUGGACCUCCAAUUGUAAACUGAUCGUCGCCGCCAACUUCAGUGAAGCUGUCUGUAACAGAUGAUGAAACACACAAUUGAUGAAAAGCACACGAAAAGACGCUCUAACUAGCGGCUAUAGGCUGAAGCUAUACGCUAAGAUAAGCCCGUCCUACGACAUCUAGACUCUUUCUCUUUAGACAAAAGCGCUAAACGAGAGGGCUCACAUGUAGCCAGCCGGAGAACGCUUGCAUUGGGACAGAGGUGAGGCUCCUGCCUUCUGGGGCCAGGAGGGCCAACCCUUCAGCCAUUCUCUACCACCCCUGCUACAGAGGGGGGAGAGGGGUAAGAGACGGGGCUGGCCCAGGGAUCUGAUCCUGGGGAUGCCUCUCCAUACCUCUCCUGGUCCAGCCAAGGAAAAAGGAAAUAUUUUCUCAAGACAGAUGGCCCUCCAGUCUCCACUAGAUUCCCCCCCAUUUAACUAGGCAAGUCAGUUAAGAACAAAUUAUUAUUUACAAUGACAGCCUAUCGGGGAACAGUGGGUUAGCUCCCUUGUUCAGGAGCAGAACAACAGAUUUUUUUACCUUGUCAGCUCGGGAUUUGAUCCAGCAACCUCCCAGUUACUGGCCUAACGCUCUAACCACUAGGCUACCUGCUACCUGAAAUCCAUGUGGAGUUCUUCUAACUGCUGAUAGUACAAGCUCUGAGUAGUUAGAAAAUAUCUCAACCAUCUUGUGACUGUUUCCACCUGACACCAUCUACUGAUAUUCUCAGUAGAAGCAACGUGUCUUUAGGAAACCAAACCGGAGCUCCAGUUGAACGAGUAGAGGAGAAGGAGGAUCUAGGAGAUCCUGGACUGUUGCUGGGACAGAGAGGCCUGUUGCUUCUCUAUCUCAACCUCGCUGGUGAUAGGAGAUCUUGGACUGUUGCUGGGACAGAGAGGCCUGUUGCUUCUCUAUCUCAACCUCUCUGGUGAUAGGAGAUCCUGGACUGUUGCUGGGACAGAGAGGCCUGUUGCUUCUCUAUCUCAACCUCGCUGGUGAUAGGAGAUCCUGGACUGUUGCUGGGACAGAGAGGCCUGUUGCUUCUCUAUCUCAACCUCGCUGGUGAUAGGAGAUCUUGGACUGUUGCUGGGACAGAGAGGCCUGUUGCUUCUCUAUCUCAACCUCGCUGGUGAUAACUGAUUACCAUAAUCAUGAUUCAGAACAUCAUUACUUGUAUUCUUUGCAGUUGGGGUGUGCUGUUUUUUUUGGGAAAAUCCUGCUAAUUUCACAUUUGUUUUGUGAUUCUGAACAAAAUGGAAUACUUGUUAAUAAGAGCAUUGUAACUGUUCAGUUAAACGAUUUAUUAUGGGGGUGGAAGUAUCUACUACCCAGUAUGCCUAGCUCUGUACAUUUUACUAACAUGUUCAGAGUAGUGGGCUGGAGAUGAAUUUGAGCAGCUGAUUUUUUCUCUAAAGGCUGUGAAUGCGAUCCUGACCUAGCAGACAUGUUCUGAGUGUUCAGAUGCCAACCUCAACUUGAAUCAAUGGCAUGACUCUAGUGCCGAUCUCCAGAAGAGGAAUACCACAGUUCCACAAUGGACUUUUGUGUUUUCUAACUACCAAAGACUUUGUCUCAUUCCUACUCCAAACGAAACCAAGCAACCUGGACCAUGUGUACAUCGUUCACAAGGAGAACUCUUGUUAGCGUGUGUUUUUGUUUUGAGAAACGUUGGUUAUUGUUGCUGUAUUGUGUCCAUGAAACAGGUAUUUGUAAUGAUGGAUGCAAAAUGUCCAUUUGCAAUAAACCUUCUGUUUACACUAAACGACA